AUGCUGGGCAGACUGCGAAAUCAAUGUUUACUUUGGAUCUGCAGAAGCCUCGAUGGGAAAGAAAUCGUUCAAUUGACCAUUUGCUACUGCUGGGCAACUGCGCAAUCCUGCACCAAGUAUCUCCUUGAUUGCCUUCACUACGAUAAAAUACCACCCCUUCACCGAGCCAUACUCAAACGACGACUAGACAUUGCGCGCCUGUUGUUGACUCAUUACCACGCAAGUCCCAGCUCCAUGUACCGUGGGACGAGCACGCUUCUGCUCGCCAUUGAGAUGAGCUGCCCACAAGCAGUUAACCUUAUACUGGAACAUCACCCACGGCUGUCCUAUACUUGCGAUUUUCAAGGUCAAGGGCCAUUGUCAAUCGCGGUCGCAAAGGGCAAUUUUGCCAUCGUUGAACGCCUGUUGCAGUACCCAGCGCUGGAUGUCAAUGACCGAUGCACCGAUGGCAUGUCCGCUUUGAUGUACGCAGUGGAACACGCUGAGCACGCCAUUCUAAGCCAUCUUCUGACCGACCCCCGCGUGAACGUCAGCAUCGAAGAUCGCUUUGGGCAGAAUGCGCUACACCAAGCAGUCCGAAAGGAAGACCAUAUCUCAGUGCAGAUCCUAGCCCGAGACCCUCGCUUGGAUGUGAAUUGGUGCGGCACCCAUCGAAAUACGGCACUACUUCUCGCGGUCAAAAUCUUUAGGAGGUCGGCGCGUGGAAUGGUAGAAGCCCUACUGCUCAACCUCAGAAUAUCCCACUAG